AUGAGAAAAAAAUCAAUCUUAAAGAAAGCAAGAUAUUUAUCACAAGCAGAAGAAACUUCCUGUAUAUCAGAUAGACAAAAAAGUACAACAAAAGAAAAUGGAGAUAACUCCUCUAGUGAAAAAGGUAAACUCAAUACAGAAAUUAAAACAUUUGUGGAAGAUACUAAUAAUGAACUUUAUUUUUAUCUUGAUGACGAACAAAUUAAGAAUACUACAGAAAAAUGUCAAAAGUCAUCCACAUAUAUAAAUUGGAGAGGAAUGGACUUUGUUAAUUUAGUAUUAAAUGAAGAAAAAGAUCGUAAUAUCUCAAGUCUUGUUAAUUGUUGGAAUGAAAAACAAAGAUCUUUCGAGACAAAAAUAGAGGAUAAAACAAAUUCAACAUGUACUUUGAAAAAUUUUGAUUAUUGUGCUGUUUUGAAAAGAAAUGAUAAUUGCACUAGUCCUUAUAAAAAUAGUGAUUUACCAGAUUUAAUUCCAUUAACAUAUAACGAUCUCAAUGAUAAUCAAUAUGAACAAAAUAAAACUAAAAUUAUUGAAAAUAGACAGAAUAGGUUUCACAAUGUUACUUAUGAUAUAUCUGAUUACUAUUACAGAAAGUAUGAAAGUGACAAUUCUGAACUUAAUUGUGCUAAGUGGAGUAUGUAUAUAUAUAAGAGAGGAAUGCAAUUUGUUAACAUGUUCGCCAGUGAAUUUUAUGAUGAUCCAUUAUAUAUAAAUAAUUCUAUUCAAAUAUGGAAUGAUUUUAGUAAUAAUUUACAAACUUUUGUGUUAGAAACUACUAAUAAUCAAUGUAAUAUGACAAAAUUAAUUUAUCAAUUUAAAAAACGAAAAAAUACAGAUGAUCCAUAUAAUUUAGAUUGGCUUUCUUCAAAUAGCACUCAAAAUAAAUCUAAUGAAACUUCAUAUAAUACAACUGCAUUACCAGAUGGCUUACAACCUACAACUAUAACUCCUAAUGAAUUACAUUAUGAUACCGCUACGGAUUCAUUCGGUAGCAAAACGACCAGUGUUAAUAACGUAAAUGGUGUAAAUUCCUCUGAAAAUACAUUAACAAAUGUCACCUCAGUACCACCAGUUGCUGCAGAACAAGUGGACACAGAAACUGCAACUACAAUUUAUCCAAUAAACUCAACACAAUCCAAUUCUUUAACUCCAAAAGUUACAAUACAUUCUAAUACUAAUACUAUAUCUGACACAACUUCAUCAUUACAUUCCCCUGAGGUUGUAACAUCUCCUGCAACUGAAACAUUACCUUCAAAUUCUACUACAAGUAGUAGCACACCUACAGUUACACCUUUACCUGGAGAAAUAUCUUCUACAGCGACCAAUGAAUACUCUAUUACUACUGUUGAAUCAUUUAAAAAUAAUAUUGCACCUUCUACUACUAUCACUCCACCUCUUACAACUGCAUCUUUACCUCCUGAUAGUGCAACUUCUGUAAAUAAAAUUAUACCUACAAAUAGCACUGAAUCUCCCACAACUGAUUCUUCUUCUACUGGGAUUGAACCUUCUCUUACAAUUGUAACUAGAACUUCUACAUAUAGCUCUACACCUCCACUACUUUCACCUACUCCUACGAUCACCAUUUUGCCUUCCACAAAUAAUUCUGUAUCUCCAACUGAUAACACAGAACAUCCUACAUCUACAACUGACUCUUCUAUAAAUGGUCAAAUAUCUUCAUCAGCAUUUAAUGCUACAGAUUCUUCAACUAAUAUUGAAUCUUCUGCGAGCAAUACUACAAAUUCUGCUGCUACAUCUUUUUCCCUUGAAAAUAAACCUUCUGCAACUACAUCAUCAAUUUCUUCUAAAACUAUAGCUUCUAUUAAUCAUGAUUCUCCCAGAGAUGAUAUGAAUACUUCUACAAUUAAUUCUGAAUCCAUAAAUAGAACUGAAGCUUCUGCAAUUACACCUAAACCCUCUAUUCCUCAUGUUGUGAAUCCUACAACUGUAACUGCAUCUUUUAACGAUAGAUCUAUACUUCCUACUACUGUAAAUACUAAUAUUACUUCCACUUCACUUUUAUCAGAUAAUUCUACACAUUUUUCAACAAAUACCAAUGAACCUUCUAGAAACAUAAUUGCAUCUCCUGCAACUAACACUACAUCUCCUACUUCUGAUAUUAUAUCUCCAACUGAACUUUCGAAUUCUCUAGAUAAAACACCUAUUCUCACAACUCCAACUGCUUUUUUUCCUACAACAAAUAGCCAUUUAACCUCAAAUCAGACAGAUAGUAUCCAAUUGCAGAACCAACAAAUUAUACAAGCCCCUCUUAAACAGUUUCAACAACAUGUAAAUGGAAGAAAUUGUACUGAAAACACUUUACCAUGUCCAAAUGCGACUGUUCCAUAUACUUUGACGCCAACCACAUCAAGUGACCCUAUCGAAGUUCCGCCUACAGUUAAACCUACAGAUAAUUUAUUAAUACCAAUGGUUUCAGGAGGUAUUUUUCUUUUAGGAAUUAUUUUUCUUUUGAUUCUUCUUUGUAAAUAUACUCCCAUUGGUUCUUGGAUUCGUAAUAGGAAGUCAAAAAAAAAAAAAGCAAGAAAAAAGAUUAAGAAAAUAACAAGGGAACCGUUGCUAAUGGAUACAAAUAAUACAAAGAAUGAACCAAUAAAUAAUCAAAAUUAUUCAUCCUUACACCAUGAAAAGGAAAUACCACAAUGUGAUAUGAGUUUGAAAAAUCGAAAAGAUUUGAAGUAUAAACAAGUAAAGAAAUCCAAAGCACCUAAAGGAAUGUAUAUGGAAAAUGAAAAAUAUUUGAAGUAUGAACAUAUGAAGAAAUNUCCAAUAAACUCAACACAAUCCAAUUCUUUAACUCCAAAAGUUACAAUACAUUCUAAUACUAAUACUAUAUCUGACACAACUUCAUCAUUACAUUCCCCUGAGGUUGUAACAUCUCCUGCAACUGAAACAUUACCUUCAAAUUCUACUACAAGUAGUGGCACACCUACAGUUACACCUUUACCUGGAGAAAUAUCUUCUACAGCGACCAAUGAAUACUCUAUUACUACUGUUGAAUCAUUUAAAAAUAAUAUUGCACCUUCUACUACUAUCACUCCACCUCUUACAACUGCAUCUUUACCUCCUGAUAGUGCAACUUCUGUAAAUAAAAUUAUACCUACAAAUAGCACUGAAUCUCCCACAACUGAUUCUUCUUCUACUGGGAUUGAACCUUCUCUUACAAUUGUAACUAGAACUUCUACAUAUAGCUCUACACCUCCACUACUUUCACCUACUCCUACGAUCACCAUUUUGCCUUCCACAAAUAAUUCUGUAUCUCCAACUGAUAACACAGAACAUCCUACAUCUACAACUGACUCUUCUAUAAAUGGUCAAAUAUCUUCAUCAGCAUUUAAUGCUACAGAUUCUUCAACUAAUAUUGAAUCUUCUGCAAGCAAUACUACAAAUUCUGCUGCUACAUCUUUUUCCCCUGAAAAUAAACCUUCUGCAACUACAUCAUCAAUUUCUUCUAAAACUAUAGCUUCUAUUAAUCAUGAUUCUCCCAGAGAUGAUAUGAAUACUUCUACAAUUAAUUCUGAAUCCAUAAAUAGAACUGAAGCUUCUGCAAUUACACCUAAACCCUCUAUUCCUCAUGUUGUGAAUCCUACAACUGUAACUGCAUCUUUUAACGAUAGAUCUAUACUUCCUACUACUGUAAAUACUUAUAUUACUUCCACUUCACUUUUAUCAGAUAAUUCUACACAUUUUUCAACAAAUACCAAUGAACCUUCUAGAAACAUAAUGGCAUCUCCUGCAACUAACACUACAUCUCCUACUUCUGAUAUUAUAUCUCCAACUGCACUUUCGAAUUCUCUAUAUAAAACACCUAUUCUCACAACUCCAACUGCUUUUUCUCCUACAACAAAUAGCCAUUUAACCUCAAAUCAGACAGAUAGUAUCCAAUUGCAGAACCAACAAAUUAUACAAGUCCCUCUUAAACAGGUUCAACAACAUGUAAAUGGAAGAAAUUGUACUGAAAACACUUUAACAUGUCCAAAUGCGACUGUUCCAUAUACUUUGACGCCAACCACAUCAAGUGACCCUAUCGAAGUUCCGCCUACGGUUACACCUAAAGGUGAUUUAUUAAUACCAAUGGUUUCAGGAGGUAUUUUUCUUUUAGGAAUUAUUUUUUUUUUGAUUCUUCUUUGUAAAGUAAGAUAA